GAUUAAUCCGACGCUCUCCAACAGCGGUCUGUUGGCGCCCUCAAAGAGCACGACGGAGGGACAUGCCUGCGUGAUCGCUGGACCCUUGAAGUACACCGUAUGAAACGUCAGUCACGAACUCGAGUGACUUGGCGAAAAACCAGAUCUAAAGUAGAUGGUAUUUGGUUGUCCAUAUACCUAGUGGGGAGGUCCACGAAACGGUGUAAAGACACUUGGGGUCACGCACUGAUGUCAAAUUUGGUAGAUCUACUCAACUUGGCAGCGUCUACGGAUUCGUCCGUGCUUGUCAAGGCCGGUCAACAGCUAGUAUCGUUAACUUCCACAAGUGAUUCCUUGUCUCAUGUGUGCAUCGAUCUUGCACAUAUUGUAUUCGGCUGCGAUCCUUCACACUUAACUCUGGAUGGCCGUUUCAUUGGUCUUAUUCAUUUGAAAAAUAUGAUCUCUGAUGCUUCCAUAUGGCAGAACCUUGCGCAAAAUGAACGAGAUCUCUUCCGUAGCCUGUUGCUCAGCUACCUGUCAUCGGGUUGCAACUUUCCCUUAAAUUUAAACGAGGUUGAACAAAUCCCGCGCAUUGGUCCUACUGUUGUUGAAUUGGUGGCUCGUUUUGUACGAAACGAGUGGCUGAAAACCGGUUGGAACGACGUUUUUUGGGAACAUCUAAGUAACUGUUGCGCUUGGAAUUCCUUUCGCUUGGCCAUUCGAGCUGCUGCCAGUUUUCGUCUUCCUGCUCGCCGGCGUGCUUUCAUUCACCUUGUUCAGACAAUCAUUCCCAGUCUGCUUCACAACUGGAAAACUUCUGUUUCCUCUCUAACCAACACCAAAUGCUGUCUGCAGCUAACUCGUUUAUUAUGCACCUUGUUCGCUUCGAUUGGCGGUACUCCUAAAAGCGGUCCUUUUUUAUUCGAAAAAAAUGAUUCCGCACACGCUGGCGAAGUUCUUGAAUCUUCAUUUACCGCCUUGCUCAGAUUAUCUACUGGUGAUCUCAGUCCAACGGAAUGUUUUGGUCCAGGUCGUCUGUUCCGACACUUGUCGAAACUCACUUUGGUCACUUUCAUGGUUUGUUCGCCUGAGGUCAGAGACCAGUUCGUUCACAUCACACUUAUGCGUGUCGCCAGCCUGAUCUCUUCCCACCAUCUCUCGGUCCCUGGAUAUGUGGACAGAAAAUCUGUCUCGUGGCUUCUCGCCCUACUUUAUGGCAUUCUUUCCUCGGACGGGGCUGAUUGUGGUGCACAGUUAUCGAUUCUCGAAAGCGGCGCAUCUGAAGUCCGCAGCUGGCUCUCAAGUCCACUCGGAGUCGACUCAACUAAUCUGUCAGAGCUACUUUGCGUUUUGCUUCGGACAUGGUUCCCGUUGUCGGAAACCGAAGUCCACAACCUUGUCACUGAUCCCGAGCGGUGUCUGUCUGCUGGGGGCGCAUCAGAUUCUGCACAAGUGGAUAGUUCAGGUGGAUUUGUUACGUAUGCCAUAUCGAUUUGGGAUGUGGAUUCGCAUACCGCCGAAUUGUACAAGCUGGAUCUGCGAUCGCUUCUGGGGAUGCACGGGGCUGAGCAGCAAACGGGCUCGUUUGAAUCUACUCGACAGUUGACAGAGUUACUCAUCACGCUCCUCAUAAGGCACUAUGGAGCGAGCGUCGGGACACUUCUUUUACAAAUCCUCUCGACCAUGAAACAGAAAUCGACUACCGCCCUAGAUUACGAAUCGAUAAUGCGCGUCGUCCAGCUUUGUUUUCCUCAUGUUGGGUCCGAUGAAUCUUGGAUAACAUUCACCGAUUGUCUCAUCACUGACAGUCUGCGGUUUGUCGAAUGCAAUUUCCCAUUAAUUCCUCAGGACGAAAACAAUUCCAAUGCGGUUUCUAUCACCAUCAUGACUACUCGGGUGUUGUGUCUUCUCUCGAGAUACACCAUUUACUGCUCGCCCACAGGGAGUAAGGCUGCGCUUGAAGAUCGAGGCAAGAGCGUGGUGGCUCAGCUUCUACGCUACAUUAAUCCACAACUUCCCAACUCUGUUCGAGUUGGAAUUCGCGCCCCGUCACUUUGUGUGCGCCUGUCAGCGGCACAGUCGUUACAUUGGCUUAUCGACCGAUUACUCUUUCCAAACGCCUCACUUUCUGAGCAUUCGCAACCUCUAUUUCACGGCUUGGUGCAAUUGAUUCAGGAUGUCUCUGAAUGUGAGACUCGUGUGCAAUUACUGCAAAUUCUGUGCACCUUAAUCGAACCGGUCGAUGUUAUUAGCUCUCCGCAGCUCACUUCUCAAAUGUUGUCGUUGUUGGACCAGUUGUGGAGCUUGGACAAUCGCACAACAGCUUUGCGUACCAGUGUGUUAGACGCCAUGUGUCUUGUCUCCACCCUUAUUCAUUCGGAUGAUGAAACGGAUGAAACUCUGGUAGCAUUCCGGUCAGCUAUUCAGCCCUCAAUCGCGUCACUCGUCAACUCCGCACUCAGUGAACAGAAUGGGUCUGGCUCCGAGGCCCUCUUGGAACCCGGUCUCCGUUUGUGGGCCAGCAUGGUCACUGGCGACGGCGCGUGUUGGUCAGACUCAGUUGAAGCUCUGAUGCCGUUCUUGGUUGGUUCACCGAAUGGAUGUGCUAAGCGGGAUAUGCCUGAGUCCUUGUUCGAGAGACUGGAGACAUCUGAAGAUGCAGAGCUGUUUUUCAAGAUUGCCGAGGGUUCUCUCAUCUUGGCUUGUAAACACAGUCGUGAGCAGGCUGUUCAAUUUUUACUACGCUGGACGGAACCUUUUUGGUUCACCAUACUGUCUAGUUGUGUGAGCCAAUCGGACGGUAGUGUGGACAAACGAACUACAUUGGAUUUUCUGUGCUCCGCAGCAGCUUCUGUGAGUGAUGGAGAAGUCGAUUCUGAGUCUCCUUGCCGCGUCACGCAGUUGAAUUUGCUCAAACGAUGGCUCUCCGUUUUCAUGGAUUUGGUCCCAGCGACUACUAACCACGUUGGAUCUCAGGCCUCACGUAUUAGGCUGACACCAAGCUUGAUCGGAUUUUUGGUAUCAGCUGCUUGGAUGAGUUUGAAACGAGCUCCAUCCAGUGCUCAUGACGAUGUAUGUCCAUUGGCAACCCAAGAGCGCUUGAGCCUCCUUUCAAUUGUGGCUAUCACUCCGGGACAUUGGUUGCCCUUUUUGCACAUACUCCACUUCGCUAUCACGAACGCCGGUGUUCAGGAUUCUCGAUUCAAUCAAAGUUUAUCCGAGGUAAAUCUUAGUACUCUUGGGCCACCCAACGUGGAGUCCCGAGAAAUGUGCCUUUUAGUGGAGACCUGUUUGGAUCGCUGGUUGGCACGCGCGGACUCCUUAUCCUGUUCCAUUGAUCGGCGAUCUUUUGCGGCUGCUUGUUUGCUGGCUCUUCGCUACUGCGCCACCACUGUACAGAAUAGCGCCCGACACAUUACUCGCCCGGAGGACUUGGAUGUGUGGGCCUCUGUGGAUCCAGUGCAUUCCAGAUGGCUGGAACCCGUUGUUAAUUUCUGCAUCCUGGUUCUUUUCGAUAAGGAUCCCGGACAGCCAAGUUAUUCUAGCACAUCCUGUUUUCCCCAUCCGGAGGAGUUGGCUACAAAUUCAGGCCUUAUGAAGCACUUCAAGCAGGAACUUUCACUCUGGGAAUCAUGCGUUGGCGGCCCAGCUUUUUCGGACGCCUUGUUUCGGAUUCAUGUGGAUCCCGUUCUUCAAUCUCAGUUGCAAUCAAAACUAUUUGCGGCACAAUAGCCGAGGUCUUUCUCACCUGCAGAUAACUUGUACAAUGAAGAGGAUAUUGCUUAAACUGAGUUUCGGAUUUUCUCUGUCCUACCUUUGUUUUUAAACCAGGAAUACGUCCCUCUCAGUCCUACGGGUCACUUGUACAUUUCUGAUCCGAUCAUUGAGAUACAGUCAGAUCGCCUGCUUUGACAAAAAAGUUAGAUAUCAU